CGGCAACGCAGCCUCCAACAAUGACCCUGAAAUGGACGGGGAGGAUGGGGUUUCCUUCAUCAGUCCACUGGGCAUCUUGUACACCCCGGCUUUGAAAGUGAUGGAGGGCCACGGGGAAGUGAACAUUAAGCAUUACCUAAACUGCAGUCACUGUGAGGUAGACGAAUGUCACAUGGACCCCGAGAGCCACAAGGUCAUCUGCUUCUGUGACCAUGGGACGGUGUUAGCUGAAGACGGUGUCUCCUGCAUUGUGUCACCUACCCCAGAGCCCCACCUGCCGCUCUCCCUGGUCCUCUCCGUCGUGACCUCUGCCCUUGUGGCUGCCCUGGUCCUUGCCUUCUCCGGCAUCAUGAUCGUGUACCGCCGGAAGCACCAGGAGCUGCAGGCCAUGCAGAUGGAGCUACAGAGCCCUGAGUACAAGCUGAGCAAGCUACGCACAUCGACCAUCAUGACCGACUACAACCCCAACUACUGCUUCGCCGGCAAGACCUCGUCCAUCAGUGACCUCAAGGAGGUGCCACGGAAAAACAUCGCUCUCCUUCGGGGUCUGGGCCAUGGCGCAUUUGGAGAGGUGUAUGAAGGCCAGGUAUCUGGAAUGCCCAAUGACCCAAGCCCCCUGCAAGUGGCUGUAAAGACACUGCCAGAGGUGUGCUCAGAACAGGACGAGCUGGAUUUCCUCAUGGAAGCCCUGAUCAUCAGCAAAUUCAAUCACCAGAACAUCGUGCGCUGCAUCGGGGUGAGCCUGCAGGCCCUGCCCCGGUUCAUCCUGCUUGAGCUCAUGGCGGGCGGAGACCUCAAGUCCUUCCUGCGAGAGACCCGCCCGCGCCCGAGUCAGCCCUCCUCCCUGGCCAUGCUGGACCUUCUGCACGUGGCUCGGGACAUUGCCUGCGGCUGUCAGUAUUUAGAGGAAAACCACUUCAUCCACCGGGACAUUGCUGCCAGGAACUGCCUCUUGACCUGUCCUGGCCCUGGAAGAGUGGCCAAGAUUGGAGACUUUGGAAUGGCCCGAGAUAUCUACAGAGCGAGCUACUACCGGAAGGGGGGCUGUGCAAUGCUGCCAGUGAAGUGGAUGCCCCCAGAGGCCUUCAUGGAAGGAAUAUUCACUUCUAAAACAGACACCUGGUCCUUUGGAGUGCUGCUAUGGGAAAUAUUUUCCCUUGGAUAUAUGCCAUACCCUAGCAAAAGCAACCAGGAAGUUCUGGAGUUCGUCACCAGUGGAGGACGGAUGGACCCACCUAAGAACUGCCCUGGGCCUGUAUACAGGAUAAUGACUCAGUGCUGGCAACAUCAGCCUGAAGACAGACCCAAUUUUGCCAUAAUUUUGGAGAGAAUUGAAUACUGUACCCAGGACCCAGACGUGAUCAACACGGCUUUGCCGGUGGAGUACGGUCCACUCAUAGAAGAGGAGGAGAAAGUGCCCACGCGGCCCCAGGACCCCGCGGGGAUCCCUCCUCUGCUGGUCUCCCCGCAGCAGGCCAAGCGCGGGGACGCGGAGCGCCGUCCAGGUCCAGCCGCGCCGCCGCCUCCGCCCGCCGCUGCCUCCGGCAAAGCUGGGAGGAGACCCCCGGCCGCAGAGGUGUCCGCGCGGGGGGCCGGGGCGCCGGCCGCGGACGGGGGGUGCGUCAACAUGGCCUUCUGCCAGCCCAACCCGCCCUCGGAGCUGCACAAGGUGCACGGAUCCAGAAACAAACCCACCAGCUUGUGGAACCCAACUUACGGCUCCUGGUUUACAGAGAAACCUGCCAAAAAGAACAACCCUCUGGCAAAGAAGGAGCCACAUGAGAGGGGAAACCUGGGGCGCGAGGGCAGCUGUGCGGUCCCGCCCAGUGUCGCGCCUGGUCGGCUCCCCGGGGCCUCGGCCUCUCUGCUCCUGGAGCCAUCGGCGCUGACCGCCAGCAUGAAGGACGUGCCGCUGUUCAGGCUCCGUCACUUCCCCUGUGGGAAUGUCAACUACGGCUACCAGCAACAAGGCUUACCGUUGGAGGCCACCACUGCCCCUGGAACUGGUCACUACGAGGACGCCAUUCUGAAAAGCAAGAAGAGUGUGGCCCAGCCCGGGCCCUGAGUGCGUGGCGCGCUCACUCUCCAGGAGGAGCGAGAGGAUGGGCUCCCUGGCAAAUCAGAGACCAAAUGUCAUUUUUCAUCUUGUGCCAACUUGUGUUGAAGUGCCACAGGACAAGCUGUAUUUUCAAAAUGCUUUAGAAAGGUUUUGAGCAUGGAUUCAUCCUAUUCUUUCAAAAAGAGAAAAUAUCAUAAAAAACGAAAGAUGAAUGAGGCCCAGAUGUGGUUGCAGAAGGUUUUUAUGCAUGGCUGUUGUAUACUUCCUUAAGCUGCUUUCAAAUUGUGUGUGCUCUGCUUCAAUGUAGUCAAAAUUAGCUGCUUCUGCGUUUCAUAGUUGGGAGUCAUAGAUGUUUCCUGGCCUUGUUGAUGUGGACAUGAGCCAUUCAUUGGAGGGGAGAGGGAACAAAAAUAAAGGAGUUACCCGUAAUGA